UUCUGUCAAUAACUUGAACAUUUAGGUUAUGUUGUUUAUUUCAAUACUGAAAUACUGCAGAAUUGCAGUAGCAAAAGAAAAUAUAAUAUUAAACCUUACGACAUAGUAAAAAAUCUGUAAAUAAACAUGACUUUUUGUGAGAAAACUCAUGAAGGAUUAAUUUUCAAAGGAAGUAGUUAUUUACGUCAGAGAUUACUUUUGGCAACUCUGAGUGGAAAAAAAAUUCAAAUCAAAGACAUAAGAUCUGAUGAUAAUGAACCUGGUCUGCGAGAAUAUGAAGUAAACUUAAUUCGACUUUUUGAUAAAGUAACCAAUGGCACAAAUGUUGAGCUAAAUGAAACUGGUACUGCUCUAAAAUAUCAACCUGGAUUACUUCACGGAGGGACAUUUACUCACGAUUGUUGUGUACAACGAGGAAUAGGAUACUACUUAGAAGUUUUGCUUGCGUUAGGUCCUUUCUGCAAAAAUCCACUAAAUGUUACAUUGAAAGGUGUAACAAACAGCUCAGAUACCCCAUCUGUCGAUUAUAUAAAAGAUACAUACUUACCAACAUUACUGAAGUUCAUUUUAGUAGAUGAUGGACUUACGUUGAAAAUUAAUAAGAGAGGUUUGAUGCCAAAAGGAGGUGGAGAAGUUUUAUUCAAAUGUCCCAUAAAAAAUAAGUUGAGACCUGUGCAACAGUUGGAUUCAGGAAUGGUUAAACGUAUUAGAGGAACUGUGUAUGCAGCUCGUGUUUCUCCAGCAAUUGCAAAUAGAAUAGUUGAACAUGCUAAAUCUGUGCUACUGAAGUUUCUUCCUGAUGUCUAUAUAAAUACUGACCAUUGUAAAGGACCACAAGCAGGAGCAAGUCCAGGAUUUGGAAUUUGUCUUGUUGCAGAAACAUCGAAUAAUAUUUUUUAUGCUGCAGAAUGUGUUUCAAAACCAUCAAUUCCCGGUGAGGAACCUACUGUUCCAGAGGAUAUUGGAAAAGAAGUAGCUCAUCGAUUAAUAGAUGAAAUUUAUAGGGGCGGUUGCGUUGAUAGUUCAGCUCAAAGUUUAGCUACUUUAUGGAUGGCACUUGGACCAAAAGAUAUAUCAAAAUUUUUAACAGGUCCAAUGAGUCAGUAUACAAUAGGUUUUUUACGACACCUUAGAGAAUUUUUUGGUAUCACCUUCAAAAUUAGUAACCCUCAAGAAUUAGAUGACGAUGAAGAUGCUAGUUAUGGAUCUCAAAAAGUCCUUUUAACAUGUGUGGGUAUAGGGUAUACAAAUAUUAAUAAACGAAUUAUAGUUAUAUCUUCAUAUUCUAUUGAAGUAAAAGACGUACAUUGA